UAGGCAUUGGCAGGCAUGGUGCUCCAAUACCUCAGUACCACGAUGGGCUUCUCAUGUCCGGCGUUGCGGCCGUCGCCGCCACUGCCUCGCCCGCCGUACCCGGCGUCUCGCUUCGAACCGCUCGAUGAGCCGGCGCCGCUGCCGCAUCAUGCGCUGGCCACAGACCUCGAGAACGAUGGCGCCGUCGUGCUCAUUGCCACGCGAUCCAAAACCACGCUCUUGACCGAGGACAUGUCUCGGCGGCUCGACCAGUUGGCCAUUGCCGGCAGCGAGCACCCGCUGAUUGCGCCUGUCAUUGGCAUCUUCGACGCCGGGACGACAUGGAACGUCGUCUACUUCCUGCAUGACCGCCUCAUGCCCAUGCGUACGCUCGCCCAAGAUGUCGCGUCGAAAGAUGGCUACACCGAGGCGCAGCUCCACCGGAAAGCGUUUGCGCUUGUCGACGCGCUGCACUAUCUGCACACGCGUGGGAUCGUCCAUGGCAACCUCACCAUCCACCACCUCUACAUUGCUGGCGAUCGCUUGCAACUGCUGCUGCCGCCGUUCCUGGACUUGCACACGGCGACUGCCAUGCACCCGCCGACGCCCCACUGCAAAGCCGCCGAUAUAUUUGCGUUUGGAGCGCUCAUCUACCUCUUGACGACGGGCCACGACCCCCACCUCAAUGUUAUUCCAGACUCGGUCGCACUGCAGUCGCUCACGGUACCCGCGCAGACACUCGUGCUCGAGUGUCUCUCCCAUGAGUUGAGCCGACGCCCCACCACCACGAUGCUAUUGCAUCGGCAGUGGUUUUCCUUUCAAAAGCCAACAAGCCACCGAUACACGCCGCCGCGGUCGUGGCCGUCGUUCCAUUCGUCGUCGUCGUCGCUGGACGACAAGGAAACACUCGUCAAGAUGCCGGACAGCGGGAGUCUCCUCGACGCCAGUGGUCUCUUACUCUCGGACGAGCCUCUCGCCGUGUACUCUUCCUUUGAUGCGCUGAGCUACGAGUAUGCAGUCCCUGCGUACCAACCGUUUACGUACACGGCGGCACCGGUGUCGACCACGCGCCGGCUGACCAAUCACAUUCGCACGACACACCCAGUGGCGCGGUCACUGCAACUGCCCGUGCAUUUUAGCGCGUUUGGCCCGCCGGCGUGGGACACCAAGUGCCGCGUCUUCAUCUGGGCAUGCGCACCGCAUCAAUUCGAAGACAUGCUGGCGAUGGCGCUCGACGAAGGCGUGAUUGAGACAGGGCGUCUCUCCCGCGGUCUCCGCGUGACCCACGGCACGAUGAUCACGAUCGCGCUCGAGCCGUGUGUCGGCCUCUCAGUCGUCGGCGAGUCGGCCAAGUCGUUUCAGUGGGUGGAAGAAAUGGAAAAAGUCUUCUUCGACCUCAAGCUCGUCGAGACAAACGAAGACGACGUCGGUCGGCUCUGUCGCGCCCGCAUCAUUGUCGGCACCCACGUGGCCAUUUUGCACUUUACGAUUCCACCGCCGACGAUGGUUCGUCACGAUGAUGACGACUCCGAGGCACGUGUCGUGACAUACCCGUCGAGCUACACGCCAUUGGACGUACCGCCGCCCGAGGCGAUGACGAUCCCGCUCUCGUCACUCACGCUUCUCGAGCCGAUUGGCGCCGGGUCGUUUGGGACCGCGUACCGCGCGCGCUACAAGAACGCAGAGGUCGUCGUCAAGAAGCUCAAGACGGACGUGCUCUCGAGCGUGUCACGCCACGAGUUCCUGCACGAAGUGCGCGCGCUCUCGAUGCUGGGCAAGCACCCGCACGUGGUCGAAUUCCUCGGCGCUUGCGACGACGAGUUGGCGCUCGUAAUGGAGUAUGUCCCCAACGGCAGUGUCGAAACGCUGCUGUACGACUCGGAAUACUAUACGUAUGGCGUGUACCCGCGCACGAUCUUUGCCCGCGACGCUGCCCACGGCGUGCUCAACAUCCACCAAGGCUCGUUCUUGCACCGCGACAUUGCCGCUCGCAACUGCCUUCUGGACGCAGAUUUUCACGUCAAAGUGUGUGACUUUGGCCUCUCGCGGCCCAUUGACCGCAUGGGCCACGUCUUGGACCAACCGGGGUUCGGGCCGCUGAAAUGGAUGGCCCCCGAGAGCUUGGAGCUACCCCACGUGUUUUCGCCGGCUUCGGACGCGUAUAUGUUUGGUGUCCUCCUCUAUGAGAUCAUGGUCGGCACGGAGCCGUUUGGCCGCGACAUGCCGCCGCAGGAAGCCGCGGCGCUCGUGCUCGAAGGCCACCGGCUCAGCAUCGACGCGGCCUCGGCGUGUCCCGACGAACACCGAUCGCUUCUCGCCGCGUGUCUGCGCUCCGACCCGCAAGCGCGACCGAGUAUGAUGGACAUUGCACGCACACUCGACGACUGGCUCCGCGCCAACGCGCUCUCCAAGUAG